CCCCCUAAAUCCUUGACCCUGCUUUGGUUCUUGGUGUGUUCCCUCUGCAGCCCCGAGAAGAGCCAGGACAGGCAGCAGCCAUGCGCAUCCUCUACCUGCUCUUCCCCUUGCUCCUCCUGCUGGUGCACAGUGCUGCAGGAUCCUACUUGGACCCAACAAACAAGGAACAAUGUGAGAGAGAAGAUGGGUACUGUGGAUUUUUGAAGUGCAAGUUCCCCUUUGUCAUCAAAGGAAGAUGUUCUAAGUACUUCUAUUGCUGCAAAAAUCUCUGGGGAUGAGACCCUGAAAUUCCCAAGCAGGACAUGACCCUCGCUUCUGGCUGCUGGACCCAUCUCCUGACCUCCCCACGUGCUGAUGUCCCCAUGUGCUGAUGUCUCCUGCCCUCGC